CACAUUUUUUUUCAGUCGUCGACGCCGCGAAAGCGACGUGGUGCACGGAUUGCAUCUAGCACUGCGCGCACGAGUCACGACUGUAUCGCUCGUCUACAGAGCAGCACCGCUGCUCGCAACAGCACUCACUACCACUGCAUCGCUCACACAGCAGCAAAAAAGCCGCGGACGCCGCAGCAGCGAGCAAAGAUGGCCCACAUGGAGUCCAUUUAUAAGAGAGAGCAGGCCGCCGAGUUAUGUAAGAGAGGCGACCUGCUGGCGAGCCGCGGCCACCUCCACGAGGCCAUGGAGUGCGUCGGUGAGGGUCUAGCACUACAUCCAGCAUCCAAAGAUCUGAAGGAGUUACGAGAUCGGCUCACACCACUCCUCGACCGACUAGAGGAAGAAUUAGAAAAAGCGGCAAGACGCGCGGCAAAAAGACGACAACUGAAAGAGAAAAAGAAGACCGACAUGAAGCUGCAGGACGCGGCGUUAGUGCUAGGUGUCGCCGCCGACUGUCGCGACGAAGCGCAACUCAAGAAGGCCUACAAGAAGAUGAGUCUGAAGCACCAUCCUGACCGGAACCGGGGCGACCCGUCCGCGACGCAACGAUUUCAGAGAGUCCACGACGCCUACGAGUCCUUCAUGGUCGCCUUGCCGGAGGACGGUGGUGAGGAGGUUGAUCCCUCGGAUAAGUCCCGCUACGAUCCGGUAGCAGCUAUAGCCGCGUUCAAGGCUCACCUCGAGGCCAAGGAGAUUAACUCGUGGGAGAAUUUUAACGAUGUCUACCGGAGGUUGCAGCGGGACCCCGAGGUUGUAGGUGUGCGGACGCAGGGUGAACGGAAACAAGCGUUCGCCGAGUAUACGACGAAAAGACUAGCAUAUGAGAAGAAGCAGGAAAAAGAAGCCGAGCGCGUGGAGCAGGCGCGGAAGAGGGGCGUGUUUCUUGAGUUAUUAGCGUCCAGUGAUUUCCAGGGCCGGGCCUUCGUCUCGUCAUCAAGCGAGUGGCGCACUUGUGGACCGCGGCUCCAGGAGCACUGCCGCGCGCAUAAAGACGAGCGGUGGUUGUUAUUGGAUGCGGAGGAUCGGCAACGGGCCUUCAACGACUUCGUGGAACAGUUGAAAGAUGCGGAGACUGCUCACAAAGAAGAGAAGAGGAAGAAGCGCUGCGACGCCUUCCGAACGCUGUUGGACGAGGAAGUAAGUGAGGCGUCGGCCGAAGCCUAUGCUGAUCUCAAGUGGUCCGCCGUCGAUGGUAUUAUAAGGCCGAAGAACGAUAGUAGAUACAAGGACCUCUCGUCGGACUCUAGACGGCGCACGUUUUUAGAUUGGAGGGAUGAAAAAAUCGCGGCGCUGGGCGGCGACCCGCCUCCCCGUGAAAAGUCGCGCAGCCGCAGCCGCGAGCGGUCUCGAAGGGAUCGCAGGGAUCGGUCUCGGCGGAGUCGGUCGCGGGACCGCUCGCGGCGCGACGACCGCUCGCGG